CCGCGUCCCUGGUACCCACGCUGCGCCGCGGGUCGGGUGCUGCGGUGUUGGCGUCCGCGGCGUCCGCUUCUAACGUCGUUUUCGUCCUGGGCUCCUGGUGGAGGCGUCCUCUAGACAGUGACCUUUCGGGCCAUGGCUUCGUCGCGCCCGGAGAUCGGCUCCUGACGCCGCCGCCGCGCGGAGCAUGUGGACCCUCGCGGGUCGCAGAGGGUGGCGCGGACGCGUGCUGGUGCCGUGGGUCAGCGGGGCUGCGCGUCGCCCCCGGCCCGCGCCGACUCGCAGCGCCGAUGCGGAGUCCUGGGCUGCCAGCAGGCUGUACGGUUCUGCAGACGUGGAGGAAAAGUUUGACAUGUCUAGAUUUCCUGUUGAAAAUAUUAGAAAUUUCAGUAUCAUUGCACAUGUGGAUCAUGGAAAAAGUACUUUAGCUGACAGGCUCCUGGAACUAACAGGGACAAUUGAUAAAACAAAAAAUAAUAAGCAGGUUCUUGAUAAAUUGCAAGUGGAACGAGAAAGAGGAAUCACUGUUAAAGCACAGACGGCGUCUCUUUUUUAUGAUUUUGAAGGAAAGCAGUACCUUUUAAAUCUCAUCGAUACACCAGGCCAUGUUGAUUUUAAUUAUGAAGUAUCCAGGUCUCUUUCUGCUUGCCAGGGUGUUUUACUGGUGGUUGAUGCAAAUGAGGGUAUUCAAGCCCAAACUGUGGCAAACUUCUUUCUUGCUUUUGAAGCACAGCUGUCAAUAAUCCCGGUUAUAAAUAAGAUAGAUCUGAAGAGUGCUGAUCCUGAAAGAGUUGAAAAACAAAUUGAAAAAGUGUUUGAUAUUCCAAGAAAUGAAUGUGUUAAGAUUUCUGCUAAACUUGGAACAAAUGUUGAAAGUAUUCUUCAGGCAGUUAUUGAAAGAAUACCUCCCCCUAAAGUACAUCGCAAAAAUCCUCUGAGAGCUUUGGUCUUUGAUUCCACCUUUGACCGGUACAGAGGUGUGAUAGCCAAUAUAGCAUUAUUUGAUGGAGUGGUUUCCAAAGGAGAUAAAAUUGUGUCUGCACACAAUCAAAAGACAUAUGAAGUUAAUGAAGUAGGAGUUUUGAAUCCUAAUGAGCAGUCAACAAAUAAAUUAUAUGCAGGACAGGUGGGCUAUCUGAUUGCUGGGAUGAAAAAUAUCACUGAAGCGCAAGUAGGAGAUACAUUAUAUUUACAUAGACAACCAGUGGAGCCCUUGCCUGGGUUUAAAUCAGCGAAACCAAUGGUAUUUGCAGGAAUGUAUCCUGUAGACCAAUCUGACUAUAAUAACCUGAAGAGUGCAGUAGAAAAAUUGACUUUGAAUGACUCUAGUGUAACAGUUCAUCGAGACAGUAGUCUUGCCCUGGGUGCGGGCUGGAGGUUGGGCUUUCUUGGACUUUUACAUAUGGAAGUUUUCAACCAGCGACUAGAGCAAGAAUAUAAUGCUUCCGUUAUUAUGACAACCCCUACUGUACCAUAUAAAGCCGUUCUUUCUUCAGCAAAGUUGAUAAAGGAAUAUAGAGGAAAAGAGAUAACAAUCAUCAACCCUGCACAAUUCCCUGACAAAUCAAAAGUAACAGAAUAUUUGGAGCCAGUUGUUUUGGGUACUAUCAUCACACCAGAUGAAUACACUAGAGAAAUAAUGAUGCUUUGCCAGGCUCGAAGAGCUGUUCAGAAGAAUAUGAUAUUUAUUGAUCAAAAUAGAGUUAUGCUUAAAUAUCUCUUUCCUUUGAAUGAAAUUGUGGUUGAUUUUUAUGACUCUUUGAAGUCUCUGUCUUCUGGAUAUGCUAGUUUCGAUUAUGAAGAUGCCGGCUACCAGGCUGCAGAACUUGUCAAAAUGGAUAUUCUAUUGAAUGGAAAUAUUGUGGAGGAGCUGGUAACGAUUGUACACAAAGACAAAGCGUACUCUGUCGGCAAAGCCAUAUGUGAACGUCUAAAGGAUUCUCUUCCUAGGCAGCUGUUUGAGAUAGCAGUUCAAGCUGCAAUUGGAAGUAAAAUCAUUGCAAGAGAAACUGUGAAAGCCUACAGAAAAAACGUUUUGGCGAAAUGUUAUGGUGGUGAUAUUACCAGAAAAAUGAAACUUUUGAGGAGACAAGCAGAAGGAAAGAAGAAAUUGAGGAAAAUUGGCAACAUUGAAGUUCCAAAAGAUGCUUUUAUAAAAGUUCUGAAAACACAACCUGAUAAGUAAUUG